AUGGAUCAUUAUGGUGUGGCAGAAGAUCACACACAAUCGAAAAAGCUAACGGUACUACGCAAGUAUGACGAGCUCGGUGGAAACAAACAAAAGUCACACUGUGCAUACAGAAUUAGGUUUGAACAAGCAGAAGAACACACAGGGCUGGCAGAUAAGGAAGAGAAGAAGAUGAUGAAGAAGAGGAGAAUGAGGACAGAGACAUUCAAACAUUAUAGGGUCCGUGGCAUUAAGGGAACAUAUUUUGUUAAUCAACAUCAGCAAGAUCGCACUCCUUGGACUUUGGUGAGUUAUGACAAAGGAGGUGAAUGGGUAACUGUUCCAGCACCGUCUGUGGACAACUUAGGGAUAGAUAUUCAUUGCUAUCAGCCAAAUUGCUCUCUUCAACUGGAUCUGAAUAGUAUGCUGUCUCGAGAUUCUACUAUUGGCAUUAUAUGGGCUCAAGGGAAUGUGGGACGGUCAAAGACAAGUAGGAAUCAAGGCAGUUUCAUCUCAAGGGAUGAUGGUCUAACGUGGCAUUGGGUUUUUGAUGCAUACUAUAUUGCUUCAUUUGCUGAUCAUGGAGCUGUUUUGGCAUCAGCCCUUCGUAACUAUCGCAUAACCGACCAAGUCAAACAUUCUUGUGAUGAGGGCACAACCUGGAAAUCGAUUUCCAUGGAUAAAUCAAUUUAUGUAAUUGGUCUGCUCACGGAGCCCGGAGAACGUUCAUUAACAAUAAGUGUAUUUGGGUUUGAGAAAGGAUGGGUUGAAUGGCUUGUUGGACAAUUAGACUUCAGCAGUAUUGCAUCAGUUCCUUGUACACCAUCUGACUACUACAAGUGGAUUCCAACUGAUGAGAGAAUUGGACGUCGGUGUUUGUUAGGCGAGAGACUUGUAUACAAAAGAAGAAAGUCUUAUAAGUGUUGCUAUAAUGGUUAUGACUAUGAAACUCCAAUUAGCAGUUCUGUGUGUGGAUGUGCUGAAGAAGACUUUGAAUGUGAUUUUGGUUAUGAUCGGCGUGAUGAGUUGGAUGGUGUUUGCCAGCCAUCAAAGGGAACACCAACUCAAGGCCCUCCAGCUGUGUGUCCUGAAGGAGAAGUGUACAAUAUAACUAGAGGGUAUCGAAAAGUAGCUGGUGAUUUAUGUCAAGGUGGUCAAGAGCUACUAUUUAUGUACCAAACAGUGCACUGUCCUAUUGAUCCUCCCGGAGGCUUGGUUAUCUCUUCUGAUGUCUCUGUUGUAGCUCCUCAUCAGGUUGUUACGUUUAGUCUCUCUCAGGCAUCAGGUGGAGUUCUUUACACUAAAUAUGUAUGGUCAUUUGAUGAUACGACUUUCAAUUCUUCCAUUGGAUUUACAAACUCUCACGUUAUCACACAUACAUUCUCAAAGUCAAGGAAAACUCCAUACCUGGUAACUAUAGUGGCUCAGAACACUGGAGGACAACUGUCAGCAUUUAAACCUAUUUUUGUGUACGACAAGAUUGUGAACGCUACAGUUUCACCACCAAAACUUAUUGUGGAGAAUGUUACAUCAACGUUUACUGUUCAAUUUGAUACAAGUCGUAAUCAGUCAUAUGGAAAUGUACAGUAUCGAUGGGAUCCUGGUGAUAACAGUGUAGCACAGCUGACUUAUCAUCCUGUGUUUUCUCACAUGUAUAAGAAAGCUGGUGUGUAUCAUGCAACUGUUGAAAUCUACAACUUGUUCCUGAGUGCUCCUGAGUUGAAGAAGGAAUAUGAAGUAAAGGUAGUGAGUGGUCCAGGGGGUUUAUCAGUAACAGCCUUCCCUGAUCGUGCAGCUUCUGGUAAAACAGUCACUUUUACUUUGAAUCAAAAUGUUGGAUCUACUAAAGAGUCCACUGUGUAUAAGUGGACAUUUGGGGAUGGGACAAGAAUUGAUGUGACAAGCUUCUCACAGUCACACUUGGUUACUCACGUGUACAGUCAUUCACAACAAUUGCCAUAUGAGGUUGCAGUGACAGCUGACACUGGUUUUGCUUCUGUGUCAACAACAACCUAUGUCAGCAUAUAUGAUCAAGUAACGUCAGCUAAGAUACACAAACCACAGAAAAUAGUUGAAAAUGAGAAUGCUUCAUUUUCUGUGAUUCCUGAUUCUUCCAAAAUCUAUGGUACCAUUCACUACCUAUGGGAUAUGGGAGAAGGAAGAGACCCUGUGAUGACAGCAGUUCCAGUACUGACCUACAGAUAUCGCCAAGGAGGUGAAUUUGCAGCAAGUGUUAGUCUCAACAACUCACUUCCACGUGUUAAGCCAUUCAUUAAGAAAUUCAAUGUAUCAGUUGAAAGUGAAACUCUUGUAUCAGUCAAAAUACAUGCUCCUAGUACUGUACUUGCCGUAAACCACGAGUAUAGCUUUAAUGUGACUGCCAAGGCUCAGGUGAAGGCACUUUCCAAUGUGUCUGUUGUUGACUAUGAGGGAAUUUUGGACUGUUCAUGGGAUACGGGUGGUAAAUAUGAUGACUUCCUCAUUGUUGGAGCAGUAAUUCGCCACUCAUAUGUUACUGAUGAUUUGGGACCGCGAACGAUGACUGUUUUCUGUCGGAACGCAAACUCAUAUACUCUAGGAAAAGAAUCGAGCAUACAACUUACAGUUGUAGCUCCUACAAAGAAGGUGAAAGUGGUUGAUGUGUAUGGACUGCAUGAAUUGUAUCUUGCCAAUGCUACAAACGAUGUAGUUGCUGGUUGGACAACAGCAGUCCGCAAUGAGUUUGCUAAGAGUUUGGGUGUAAAUCCCAGUCAGCUGUUGGUAACAUUACUCGUCGAUGAUGAUGCCAUCGAAGUCAUAGUCUUGCCACAAUCUAACAGUGCAGAUGAUGUCAAAGUGGCCGAGUCUAUAGCACAAAAGCUGUCAAAUUAUGCCUCUGGUACACUACUGUCAUUGACCGUGAAUGGUGAUUUGAAGGAACUUGCACUUGGGCAAGCAACUAUACUGGAUAUCAAUAAGAAGCAGGGCAAUCAAAAGAUGGUUGUAGGUGUUGGAGUUGGAGUUGGAGUUGCAGCUUUGGUAUUGGUUGGUCUUCUUGUUCUCUUUUUAUACAUCUAUCGGAGGAAAUAUGGUCAGUUAGAAAUUGCCUACCAACAGUUACGACAAACUGGCCAAGGCAGUUAUGAAUUUACUGGUGAUGCCAAUACAGUUGGAGAAGAAGAAGAUGAAGGCCAUCAAGUGAAAGACGGUCACAUGCCUAUGCAGAUGUCAAAGAUACUAGAUGGCUUUGAUUAGCAAUCUAAAUUAAUUGCUGCCUAUUCUACCAAGUCAUGUAACACAAGAACGGAGUCAAUAUUGCAGAUUCAGCUUUGUGUUUGUGUGUUUGUUCAACACGUGGGUUGGACUUGUAGUUGAUUUAGCUGCUAUGGUUAUAUCUGAUAUGGGUUGUGGUCAAUUGUUAAGGUAGCAAGUUAAUCGGUACUCUCAUGCAUAUAAUUUGACUAAUUUCCAUGGUAGCUGUAUUGUA